GAUUUCAUAGCAUUACAAGCUCGUCUUCAACAAACGAGUCUUACAUAGUUGUAGCAUAGCAAGCAAGUAGUCAGUCGAAGUAGAAGAGAUCAAUCAGUGCAAAUACAACAAAAACGUGUUUACAAAAAUUACAACAAAUAAUUGUGUUAAAUUUACAACAAAUUCCAAUUCAUUCACAAACAAUGGCCAGUGUGUGUAUGUCGCAAACGGGCUACCAACAACAGCAACAUCACUUUCAAAUGUUGAACGGCAACAUAAUGUUGCUACAAAAAGCGCAACAACAACAGCAGCAACUGCAACAACAACAAACGUUCCAGCAGACAAACAUCUAUCAAGCGAAGAAACAACAAAGCAUUGCACCCGCACCCAAAGUGUUGGGCAACAGCAAUCUGCACAACAUCCAGAUGGGUGCCAUUGGUGGCGCUGAUGACCUCGUGCCACGCAAGAAGUAUACCUAUAUGAAUAUGCCGUACGGUGAGCAAUUGCCGUCGGUGGCACGUCGCAAUGCGCGCGAGCGUAAUCGCGUCAAGCAGGUGAACAACGGUUUCGCCAACUUGCGUCAACAUCUGCCACAAACCGUGAUCAAUACGUUGUCGCAUGGUGGACGCGGCGCCAGCAAGAAGCUCUCCAAGGUGGAUACCCUCCGCAUUGCGGUCGAGUAUAUACGCGGUCUGCAGGACAUGCUCGAGGAGUCGCAACCCAGCGGUGCCUCCGUUUCGAAUAAAAUGCUUGCCAACUCCUCGUCGCUCUGUGAUGAGUCCAGCAACGAUGGCAGCAACUACGGCUACGCCUCAAUGGGCAGUCCCAGUGAGCAGGCAUACAAUCCGCUACAAAAUUCCUAUCACUCAGAGGCUUCGGUUUCGCCAGCGCCCAGCUACAGCGGCGAUUCGGAUAUCUCAAUUGGUGGCGCCAACUAUUUGCAUCCCGUCAAGUACGAGGAACAGCAGCAACAACAACAAGUUAUGCAUGAGAAUGUGCAGUUCAAAUUCGAGUCUUUCGAUGAUUUCGCACAUUUGUCGCCCGCAGAUGAGCAACCCGACGAUGAGGAGCUCUUGGACUACAUUUCCUCGUGGCAAGAGCAAUAAGCUGCUUGGGCAGCCAAAUCAGUGACUCCAAAAACCUGCGUAAAACUUUCCAAAAAUCAAACGAGAGAGAGAGACAACACAGACCAGUGGCAACUCAGGACUCAGUAUUUUCCACAAAAUACAAUCUAUUUUACUUCAAUGAGCGUUGUGUAUAGAAGAGUGGAAUUCUUGUUCCACUUUUUGUAAAAUUUUGUAAAUAGUGCCUUGCAAAAAACAAACUUUUAUUGUGUUAAAACUGUUUAGUUUAAGUAUUUUAAGUAAGUUUUUUAUUAGUUUUAAGUUAUGGAAGACAAAUGAUUUAAAACUAUACUCAUAAGUUAAGCGCUAAUUUUAAGUAAUGGAAGACACUAAACUAAUUUAGACUAAGCAAACCACUAUAAAACAAAGCAAACAAACAAACAAAAACAACAAACCAAAUAAAACAAAAUUCAAUGAAAAACAUAAAA